CGAGGGAGGGGGAUGGGGGAUUGCAACGACUUCGUGCACCAGCACCAGCAGCAGCAGCACCAGCAGCAGCAGCAGCAGCAGCAGCAGCAGCAGCAGCAGCAGCAGCAGCAGCAGCAGCAGCAGCAGCAGCAGCAGCAGCAGCAGCAGCAGCAGCAGCAGCAGCAGCAGCAGCAGCAGCAGCAGCAGCAGCAGCACCAGCAGCUGCUGCUGCUGCGCUUGAAUUCGUGCACCAGCAGCUGCUGACCCCGCCUCUACCCACAAGCCUGUGG